AUGUACUCCCUAACACCUUCUUCAGUCAUCGCGGCACCACUCCGGCACAAGUUCCAAGAUGUCGAGAUCUACCCAGUCAUCAACAAAACCAAGGAGGAAUACCUAACCGGCGGAAGAGCCCUCCUCGCGAAGGGGGCCAAUGAGUACGGCGGCAAGCCUUUCAGGGUCUUCACAGGUCAAGGCAGUACUCUCACGGUCCUGGCGCCCAAAUUUUGUCACGAUGUGAAGAACGAUAAUCGUUUAAGCUCGACGGAGUUCCUCCUGGCUUACUGGCAAGCCGGAACACCGGGGUUCGAACCGUACUUUAGCUCAGGAAGUGAGCUCAUCCGUGAGAUGAUCCGGACUCAUCUCACUCAGAGUGAUGUCGCCAAGUUAUCGCAACCACUCGCAGACGAGGCAGCAAACGCCCUGAAAGACGUCUUCACCGACAACGAAGAAUGGCACGAAAUCACCCUCGCCCCAACAGUCGCCCAAAUCGUCGCUCGCGUCUCCGCCCUAGUCUUCCUCGGUCCCGAACUCUGCCGCGACUCAACCUGGCUCAACAUCACCAUAAACUACCCCCAGAAAGCCAUGGCCGCCGCCAAAGUCCUCCGAUCCUACCCGGCUCCGAUCCGCCGCUUCGUACACUGGUUCCUCCCCUGCUGCUGCGAGCUGCGCCAGAUGCUCCGCACCGCGCGGCAGGCCAUCGAGCCGAUCCAGCAGAGGCGAAGGGAGCAGGAGGCUGAAAAGGGCGGCGUGGUGUUUGAUAACGCCUUGGCGUGGAUUGAAGAGCUGGCGAGGAAGCAGCAGGAUCGGACGGCGCAGAAUGCGGCGUUUCAGCAGCUUGGGUUGUCGAUUCUUGCAAACGCGUCGAGUACGGAUAUGGUCUCGCAGAAUUUGCUGGAUUUGUGUGUGAAUCCGGAGGUGACGGAGGCGUUGAGGGAGGAGAUUGUAAGGGAGACGAGGGGUGGGUGGAAGACUUCUACGUUGUAUAACUUGAGGCUCUUGGAUAGCGUGUUGAAGGAGACGCUGCGUCUCAAGCCCAUUGCUUCGGUGGCUCUUGGGAGGCGCGUGAUGGAAGAUGACGUGAAAUUGAGCGACGGCACUGUACUCCCAAAGACAACCGGCGUCGCCGUAUCAUCGGUGAACAUGUGGGAUCCCGAGAUCUACCCAAACCCAGAGACCUUUGACGGCGGACGCUUCCUCCGAAUGCGCGAAGGCGGCAACAACGAGCAUUGCGCGCAGCUCGCGAGUGUAUCGCCGGAGCACAUGGGCUUCGGGCUCGGCUCGCACGCGUGCCCUGGCCGAUUCUUUGGCGCGAGCUCUGCGAAGCUGGUCAUGUCGCACAUCUUGCUCGGGUAUGAGUUCAAGCUGGCUGAUGAUGUUGACAUGAAUACCGUUGAGCCUAUGCGUUUCGGAUUCUCGACUCUGGCAAAUCCCAGAGCCAAGGUUAUGAUCAGACGUAGGAAGGAUGUUGUUUGAAGUUCAGAAGACGAAGACUAUGCUGAUGCUUGCGUGGUACAUCCGGUGGGAAAGGUAUGAAGCUAGAUGGCGAGUCUCUUGGAGCUGCUU